AUGUCAACAUCAGCAAAGAAGACAAACUUUGGAGCAUCAAGGAGACGGAAGAGAAACAUUCCCACAAAGAGACCCAAUAAAGAGAAAACACAGCCAAUAGAUCACCAGAUACGGUGGCUGUUUCCAACAUUCUUUCCCUUCGCUUGCUCCCCAGCAGAUCCCCCGUUUUCUGCUUGCCUCUCGGGGGGCCGACCCUGCCGCUGGUUUGGCGGGACCCCUGCCCACAAAGAGGAACCAGAGAAGCUGCUGCUUGUUCCCGCACCCACAAAGGCACCCCCAAAGGUGCAUGAUGCUCCCCCCAAAGUGUCCAAUGCGCCCUCUGCGCCCCCAGUGUGCACCCCAUCUCCGCAAGGCUCCGGGUUCCGCAUCCAGGACAUGGAGAGCGCCUUCCUGGCCAGCCUCACGCCCAAAGGAGAGGUCCUCAUCCGGGAAUACCUCCAGGGCUGGAAGGAGCUCAUCAAGUUCAUGGACUCUCUGGGCGCGGCCUUUGGCCUGAUCUCCCGGGAGACGCGGAGCAAGAUCUCGGUCCUGGAGCAGCACCGCAAGGGCCGGCACGGGCCGCACUACCGCUCUUUGCAGUCCAUGGUGGCCUAUGAGCUGGGCAAGGGCCUGGUGGACUUUGGCCAUUCCCAGCCGCCGCCCGCUGCCCGCUUGCCCUCCGGCUGCCGGACGCUGCUGCGCCUCCACCGAGCCCUGAAGUGGCUGGAGCUCUUCCUGCACAAACUGGGGGGCAAUGGCGAGGAGGAGGGUGAGGAGGGGUCCCCGGAGGCCUCCCAGAUGUGUGCCGAGGCUUACCAGGCGGCCCUGGCCCCCUUCCACAGCUGGUGGGUCCGGCAGGCGGCCUCCUUGGCCUUUCUGGCCAUGCCCUCCCGCCAGGAGCUUCUGCGCAACAUCUGUGCCAACGAGGGGCAGCGCCAGGCCAAAGGGGUCCUCCGGGCCACCGUCCGCAGCAUCGCCCAUGUCUACAACGCCACCCACCAAGUCUACGCCCGACAAGGGAUGCUGGACCUGCCCUGAACGCACGCACUUUGCAAUCCUUGGAGUGGUCAUUUGACCAAAGGGAUAGCCACACUCUGGAGCAGGACUGGGCCAGCUUUGGCUCUCCCUCCAGGUGUUUUGGACUCCAACACCCAUGAUCCCCAAGACCCUACCGGCUGUUGGGAAUGGUAGGAGUUGCAGUCCAAAAGUUGGCCCAGGUCUGCUCUAGAAUGAUAGCAAUAAUAGUGAGAUGGAGAAGGAGGAGAAAGAGGAGGAGAAGGAAAGAGGGCAGCAGAAGGGAAGGGGAAGGAGGAGAAGGGAAGGAGAAAAGGAAGA